AUGCGCCUAGUGAUGGCCAAAUCAACCAACCCACUUGCUGUUGCAAUUUGGACAGGCCGCCAAACCCUGUUGCUGGGCCCUGGGUGCCAUCGUCCGAAUUGCACAGUGGUUUUCACAGGCGGUUGGGCAGCCCAGUUAUCUCGUAAACCCAAAGUCUCAUGUUCAUUAGGGCCGAGGCAGACGGGUGAGGCAAUAGAGGCAAUAGAGGCCGGCGUCUGCGACCUCUUUUGGCAAUUUAUUAACUGUUGCCCAUUGGGCUAUUUUCAAUCCAAGUGUGGCUUGUCUCUUCUAAUGUGCUUGUAA